UUCUUCCUCUUUCUCUUCUAAAGCCGAUCACUUCUUUUUUACUUUAGAAAAGCCUCCAUUUUUGCUCCUCCACCAGCUCUCUCACACAAGAUCUCUCCCUCUUCACUCACCCAAACCGGCGGCACUAAGAAAAUGCUCCCUACCCUCCAACGGGCGGCACAAACCCAAGGCUCUCUACUCUCCAACCGGCGGCACAACCCAAGGUUCUCUACCCUCUAACCAGCGGCACAACAAAAAAAACUCCCUCCUUUUCUAACCGGCGUCACUCCCUCAAACUCCCUAAUUUCUCCUCCGAUCGGGACACCCAACCGGAUCUCCUUUUUCCUUUCCUUCGCUGGUCAUUCAAACCUCAUAAAACCCCCUUUCAUCGCCAGUCCCUCAGGCAUAAAAAACCCCCAAAACUUCAACCUUUUCCAACCACAAAAACCCAAACCAGAAAAAAAAGAAAGAAAUCCUCAAACAAAACUACUCCGCUUCUCUCAUUUUCAUUGCGUUUUUUUUAUUAUUUUUUUUAUUUUUUAUUGGUUGUGGAUUGUGGUUCAGGCUGCUAGAAAACUUAGGUUUUUGUUUUUAUUUUUUUCUGUUGAUUUUUGUUUUUGAAAGAUUGGUUUUUCUGAUAGUUUGAAUCUGGCUUUUUUGGUUUUCAAAAUUAUCAAACCAGAUCCAGACCCAGACUUGCUUCUUUCUCCUUUCUCCUUCACUACUUCCCCCAUGGGAAAUUCUUCACAUUUUCUUCCAAGUUGCUUCAAAGUCUUUACCAAAACAGCAGGCUAUAGAAAAUCAGAUAUAAGUGAGGGAAAUGAAAAACACGCCAGGAUACAAUAUCCAGCAACUCUUCCUGAGGAAAUAUACCGUCAGCGUCAAUUUUCUCUAACCGAGAUCAAAGCUGCUACCAACAAUUUUCAUCCAAUAUCUCUUAUCGCUGAAGGUUUUUUUGGAAACGUGUUCAAAGGGAUUCUUGAUGAUGGAAACUUUGUUGCUGUCAAACGCUUCUUCCCAGAUUCAGUACAAGAUGCACUCAAUGAAUUCCAAGCCGAAGUGAAGUUGCUCUGCCAGCUGCGCCACCAACAUCUUGUGUCUCUGAUAGGGUUCUGCAAUGAUAAGGACGAGUUGAUCCUUGUAUACCCACUCAUGAAAAACGGGACACUCUGUGAUCAUCUCUAUGGUUCUGGUUGUGAUCCACUUCCAUGGAAGCAGAGGCUAGAGAUAUGUAUUGGUGCAGCUCGUGGAUUACAUUACCUUCAUACUGGAAUAAAGUAUGCGAUAAUUCACAGUAACGUCGAUAGCGACAAUAUUCUUUUGGACGACAAAUGGGUUAGUAAGCUUUCUAGUUUCGGGUUCUCCAAGAUGCGUCCGCAACCUUCAUACAUUAACACGUCAAAAGCUUUGAAAAAUAUAGACGCACCAAUGGCGGGUAUUCUCGGUUAUGUGGAUCCAGAGUAUAUGAGAGGAUGUGGACUUUCAGAAAAAAGUGAUGUGUACUCAUUUGGAGUUGUUUUAUUUGAAGUUUUGUGUGCUAGACCAGUCUUUGAUCGAAGAUUGGACGAGUAUAAACAACAUCUAGUUUAUUGGGUCUGCUGCUGCAUAGGCGAUGGAACCAUUUAUAAUAUAAUUGAUUCAUAUUUGAAAGGGAAGAUAGCUCCAGAAUGUUUCAAGAUAUUCGUGAACAUCGCUUAUUGCUGUAUCAGUGAGAAGGGAGAGAGACGGCCUGAUAUGGGUGAAGUGGAGCUGAUGCUACAGCUUGCAUUGGAGAUGCAAGAGAAAGCAGAUUCCGAGGUGACGAAUGUUGAUCCUUAUGGUGAAUGUAUGUACUGAGAAGUAUCAUUUUACUUCCCUGUUUUUGAUCACAGGUUACUUGUGGACAGCAGCAUAUCACUUAAAUCUAGAUGGUAGACUUGGAUCUUUAGAUCAUAUCUUUUGUUUUUUGGAUCUAACAUAGUUUAUAAAUCUCACUCUUCACUGCUUAUACCUUA